AUGGCACGACGGUACAACCUUCGCCGGAGUACUCGCUCUCGACGGUUGAGACACCAUCGACCAACAGGCGCUCCCCAAGAUCCGACUCCACGACUUCAGCUCGACAUGGAAGAUCUAGACCUGGAUAAAUCCUAUUCUAAGCUCAACAGGUCAGAUUCAAGCCAUCGGCCUGAAAAGCAGAGACAAUGGCAAAAAUGGGACGAAAAGGAGCCUCUUACGGAUCCAGCCAAACUUCCGAAAGGUUGGCAUAUGAAUGAGCCUGACCUUGCCACUGAUGAUAUAGAAAGCCAAAUCAAAAGAUGCCAUGAGAGAAUCGCGGAAAAUAUAAUGCCUCAUAUUUUUCAGCAGCGACUGAAGGAGUAUGAGGCCGCAAAGACCGAUAGGGAGCAGAAAAGAUCCUCUGAGGAUGAAGGCCUUGACGAUGAAGUCAAAGACCGAUUACAUUACCUAGAACUUGUUUUGAAGGACCUAGAGGAGAAAUCUGUCAAACAUAAGCAGAUUCCUAAUAUCAAAGCUAUUAUGGAAGCAUAUAGACAGCGCCAACUCGAUUGGGAUGGUAUGUUAGUAACCUACUGGUCAAAUGGAGACCAGCUUUGCCAACCAAGACCAUUCGAUUGGGAUGAAUUUGAAACGAUCAACAAGGCCCACAAUGGCAAAGAGGGAUUUUGGACAGAAGGAGUACGUUUACAUUCGGCCCAGGGCAACUAUGCUUCGACGAUUAUGGGCCCAAGAACCCCAAGCCACCACACUCCAAUGAAAAUUGCUCUCCGUGCUCCAGGACAGGCAUGGUUUGCCGAGCUUGACUAUCUCCAUGACACUGGUUCCUCCUGUAUGUCAAUCUAUGAAGAAGACUUUGUCCAUAUCGUUCAUCCAAACGAAGCACCAUAUCUUCCUGUUGUCUGUGAGCAGCGAGUAGGCGACAGUCAUGGAAACUUUCAAACUACUUUAAUUGUCGAACUUGAGGCGACAAUUCUUGAUGCGAAUCGCCACAGGAUGACAGCCUGGACUAGGGUCCCAUGUGGUGUGAAUCCGGGCAGAUUCAGCCCCACCGGUGUUCCCCGACUCGAUGGACCCUGGGUAAGAGAUUUGUUAUAUGUUGGGGGUGCCCCGGACGGCCAAGGCCUUAUGUGCCUCGCGAAUCGCUUGGUCGACCUCAAACUACCAGACCUUGAUCUGGUCAAGAACCCACCACUAACAUUGGCACAAGGCCGAUACAAGGACCCUAAUGUUUCCAAGCAGGUAGCAGGGCCUUAUCCAAUAUUAAGACCUCGAGGGUACUUUUACAAGAAGUGGAAUUGGAUGCCAAUGCCACCUGCGGCGCCUGGAGCCCCUUCUUGA